AUGCCAUCAGCCACUACUACUUUGAAAGUCGAACCUUUAUCAGGUGCUCAACUUGGUGCUAAAAUCACUUUACCACAAGGUAUUACUGAUCCAUCAAAAUUAAGUGAGGAUGAUUUCACUAAAUUGAAUGAAGCAUUACAUAAAUAUUCUGUUCUUGUUAUUCCAAACCAAGCUGACCUACCACCAAACUCUCAAUGGAAAUUAACAGCAAGAUUUGAUCCAACUACUCAAACUAAUGGUCAAAAUUAUGGUCAUGGUAAAGAAUUUAGACAUGAUAGAUCAGUUUUGAAAAAAGAUGGUACCUCAAUCCCUGAUCAACCUCAAGUUCAAGUAUUGGGACAAGGUGAAUGGGAAGCUGGCCAUCAUGGACUUGGUGAUAUCAAAUUAACUCAUCCAACCCAUUUCACUUUCCAUAAAGAUACUCUAACUCCUGAACAAGUUGAAGCUAAUCAAACAAGAUUUUAUAGAUGGCAUAUUGAUUCUGCAUUAUAUGAAUUAUCUCCACCUGUUGCCACUACUUUAUUAGGUAUUCAUGUUCCUCCACAUAGUUAUACUCAAAAGAUUGUUUAUGAAGAUACCAAAGAAGAAUUAGAAUUGACUCAAGGUGCUACUGCUUUUGUUAGCGGUAAGAAUGCGUUUGAUAUUUUGAGUGAUGAAGAUAAAGAAUUGGCUUUAAACACAAAAGUUGUUUAUGCUCCACAUCCAUAUAUUUUCAUUUCAGAAGCUAAGGCAACUUCAGAUGGGUUAACAAUGGUUAAUGAAGGUAAAGAGCUUCCAUUAGAUGAAUUACCAGAAUGGGAAGAAUCAAAAGUUAAAAAACUACCAUUGGUCUGGACAAACCCAAUCACUGGUGAACAUCAUUUACAAGCUCAUGCAUGUUGUGUUUGGAGAUUAGAAAGAUCUAAUGGUGAAGUUUUAGAAUUGGAAGAUGCCAGAAAAGAAUUAUAUAGAAUAAUGAGACCUGCCAUUUCUCCAAAAUAUGUUUAUGCUCAUAGUUGGGAAGCUGGUGAUUUGGUUAUUUUCCACAAUAGAGGUGUUUGGCAUGCAGUUACUGGUCAAUUUAAACCAGGUGAAAGAAGAUUAAUGCAUCAAUGUAAUAUUGCUAGUGGUGUUGAUCCAGUUUGUGCUAAAUGA